ACCGUUCUACACAGACAGAAAUAUUCUCGUCUUUAUGUUAAUAUCGUUAACUCUGCGGUAACAAAAUCAUGGAAAAACGGCUGCUAUUGACGUGCAGUGUAUAUUACUUAAUUGGAUUGCAAAUAUUUACAGGAAUCACCGUGUCUAAAGUUUCAGCCGCCCAGUGCACGACGAAAGAAAUUGGUGAAUCUAACCCGUCUAAUAAUCAAGUACAAAACCUACUAGACAAAUCGUAUAUCAACUGUGGAAACAACAACGAUGGUUUCAAGUUUGACUGUUGCGGAAGUACCACAAAAUUCGAGUACUACGCGGAAGAUGACGGACCCAUAACGCUGCACAUUUGGCGCCCAAAGACAGGAAAUGUGUAUACGUUGGUCGGCAGCGUUACGCACACAGCGACAAAAGGGCAGAAAAAUCAAGUAGCGGCCAUGUUCAGAAUCGAAGCAGGAGACUGCAUUGGAUGGUAUUCCGCGUUAGAGAUAAUUCCAUCCCAGAGCCAGGGCAACGCCGCCAACACUCUGUACAUAGCAGGGCCUGCGACCACCGUUGUAGGGACUGACCAGACCUUCGCGGGAUCAGUUCUAACUAGCCGUGAAUAUGACAUCAACGUCGAGGUUACCCCACCGAAUCUUCCCGUAUUCGGCACAACGACCUACACUUCCGGUAGCAGCACGAUACUGGACACCACCGGCGGCGGCGUCUCUAUUGGGACCGUGACCUUCACCGAUUCCGACGGCGCUAACACGAUCAGCCUCACCAUGAGCUCGAACAGCUACUUUAGUUUCGUUGAUAAUCGGGAUGGAACCGGCACCGUUACAACUACCACCGAUACCACUAACUUCCCGAUCUCUGACCAUUCCGGAACCACCGUGACAUUGACCUUCACGGCCACGGACACUUGCGGUGGCACGGUUCCGGGCACGAUGUCAAUAAUAGUUCAGAAUAUUAAGCCGACGAUAACGGGUCUGCCGCCAGGCAUAACGACGUCAGAAACCGUGGACGCUGAACGUACUAUUACCACGUUCACGUGCUCUGACCCGUCAAACAACGUCAGUCCCACCAUAACAGUCACUCCCAGUAAUUCUCCGGAGUUCUUUGUUACACGCUUUUUGUCGGGCACAUCCAUAAAUGGAGUACACGAGAUAAUUCUUCCCGCCCAGUCGGCUUCCUGGAAAUUCAACUAUGACACUGUCAACUCGUACUCGAUCGUAAUCAAAUGCUCCGACGGCAAACCCUCGGGCACCGCUACCGCCACCCUGGUCGUCAGUUUGUCUCCGAACCAGCCACCGGAAAUCACCAAUCUGCCACUUGCAACAACAAUCGGCGUAUCGCAAACGAAAUCCAAUGGUGACGUCAUUUAUACUGCCCUAUAUUCUGACCCCGAUCCAGACGAUACUGUGGAUUUUACAUUCACCUGCAAUCCGACCGGAUGUCCGCUCACAGUACUUGCUUCUGGGGAAAUUCAACUCACAGACGAUAUGUCGAACGCUAACGCCAACGGAUAUGACGUCAAGAUUACACCAACUGACAACAAGAAUAACGUUGGAUCGCCGAGGACUCUUACAGUGGUUGUAACAGAACUGAACAACGAGCCCGCAUUCACCAACCUACCGCAAAUUGUCCCGCUAGACGAGAACGCUGUCGUCGGCAGCACCGUAUACACAGUCUCCUUCACCGACGCUGACGCUAUCAACGCGCACACGUUUACGCUGGCGGCGUCAUCUUACUUCCAGAUUGCAACACCGACAUCGGGAUCCAUUACCACGAAGGCAGCCAUCAACUACGAGGCGCUAGGUGGCGUGUAUUUCUACCCGCUCCGUGUAACCGUCAGUGACGGCAUAGCAACGGUGACAUCAACGGUCACGUUUACAAUCAGUGACGUCAAUGAGGCGCUUACAUGGAACGCGGUGACGUACAGAACAAACAUCGUGGACGGAGCGGCCGUUGGUACCGUACUGACAGACCCUGGGUUCGCCGUCACAGAGGAGGAUACCGGGGACACCCACAAAUGUUUCAUGAACUGCGGCGCAUCCGACGGUUAUUUCUCUAUGUCGUCAGCUUGUGCUCUAAAAGUGACGUCAAUUUACAGUCUGGACGCCGGACUUACCAGUCCGGUCACGUGCAUAGUGACCGCAGUAGACAAGGGGUCGCACACUGCUACGGCCACUCUAAGUAUCACUAUAGACGACGCCAACAAUUAUUCGCCGGCGUUCUCGCAGAGUCACUACGCCUUCACGGUGUCGGGAUACGCAGGAAGUGGCAUAUCCGUCGGCACCGUCACCGCUGCCGACGCCGACAUUGGGAUGUUCGGAACGUUUACGUAUACAUUGAAUACAUCAUCAUUAAAUGGCAACUACUUCACGGCGAACAGUGUGACUGGUGUUAUCAGUACCACAGUGAACAUGUUAACUGUCUGCAACUGCUCUGGCGGCGCCCUAUCCAUGUUUGUGACGGCGACGGACAAGGGCGGGCGCACCGGAAGUUCCCAAGUCGUCGUAUACGUAUCCGAUGCUACCACUGCCUCCACAACUACCACCACAGACAGAUAUCGAACCUUUUUUGAGGACGCCAAGAACAUCGCGUGGUUCUCGGUUGUUAUGGCGCUCCUAGCAGUGAUAGCGGCGGUCGCAACGUGCGUUAUGUUCCGAUACGUUUGCGAGGGACCCGCCCUGUGCAAAAAUCCUUGCAGACAAAAAUACACCAUCUGGUCGACGCGCCUCUACAAUCAGACGCCCCGUGAGGUGUACAACCCGUCACCGAGACCACCGCCGAGACCACAGCCUUUACAAACCAUUAGGAAACCUCCCCCACCAAAAGGCUACCAGUUUUGGCGGAGUGAGAAAACCGGACUUUAAUGACGGCAUGAGUUACGUCACGCAUUACGUUUCAGAGAACAUGACGAGUUCCUAAAUUUAGCAGAUCUUUGGGGUUUUAAAUACAUGUAUGUGCUUUUGUAAAGUCAAUUCCAUUUUAUCACAGAACAUUUACCCAUUCAUGCCUAGCGUCCUGAACAAAGGACAUUGCAAAGAGCGUAGACCAAGAUGAGACGCCGCAUAAUGCGGCGUCUCAUCUGGGUCUGCGCUGUUUGCUUAAAGAAAUUUCUGUAAGAAAUAUUCUAAAUAUAGAAAUAAAUAUACUAGACAUCCCUAAAUUUGGAAAUUGAUCCAACUUAGAAGGAGUCCACUGGGCAUAAAUGGGUUAACAACAAUUGCUUCUUAAGAGAAUGAUGAUGUAAAGAACAAAAACUCCUCCAACAUUAAACAGGCAUAUCAAGUCAUUCAUGUAUGCAUUUUCUAGCACACACAAAGAUUCUUAUUUGUUACAAUAAUAAUCGAUUAUACUUGCAUACAUUUUGUUUGUAGAAAUUAUAUCGAAUACUAUUGCAAGUUUUCAGUCUGUGGAGUACUCUACACAACUUGUAAAUCAAUGUCUUUAGAUCUACAUCUAUCUGUUUUGAAAUGCACGUUUUGUGUGUGUUUUUUAUUCACAAGGUCGUGUCUUUACUUUCACAAGGUCAUGUCUUUACUUUCAAAAUGUCAUGUCUUUACUUUCACAAGGUCGUGUCUUAACUUUCAUUUAAUAAUAGGUAUGGGUCUAAAUCUCUUCAUUUAAUUAGUGAAACUGAUAGAAAAUUAUAUCCGCAGACUCAUGGUAAAUUAUUCAUUAUGCAAUUAUGAUACCCCAACUACUGGGUGUGGGGCAUAUUGGAGUCGUUCUUUUCUGUCGGCCCAUCUUUACUUAUUCAGUCAGUGGCGAAAGUAGUUCUUAUUGUAACUUACCCAUUCAUUGAACGAUUUUAAAAUAAAGGUUACACAUGUUCACAGACGCGCAACAACCAUCAGCUUACCUUACAGUUAAAUGUCAGAUUGUGUGGUAUUAUGUCAAAAAACACCGAUGUAUUGUGAAAAUAUGUUGUUUACAGUUAUAACAAUGAAGAAUUGCCAUAAAUAUCUGGGAAAAUCAAGUGGCUCCCUUUACGUUAAGAUAUAAAAUGUAGUUCUAUAUUGUACAAAAUCUAGAUAUGCCGCUGUUUAACUUGACCAUACCUCAAAUUAAUUUAAAAUAAUGUUUCUAUGUAAUGACGUGUACGCGCAAAAACUAGGUCAGGAUAAAACAGUUAGGUCGUAACAUGGACUAUUUUUUCAAAUGAUGGCUCGCCUACUCUAAUUUACAAUGUAUUUAAUAAAAACAAUGUAAACAUAA